AUGGAGUGUCACAAGACCACCGAGCAUACUGCCUAUCCCUUGUUCUAUGAUGUCGAACCGUCGGAAGUCCGCAAACAACGGGGGGCAGUUGAAAAAGCCUUUGCGAAGCAUGAAAAUGAAGAGGCUGCAGAGAAAUGGAGGGAUGCUCUGAAAGAAGCAGCGGAUCUGGCUGGGUGGGAGUUGAAGAACACUGCCGAUAGGCAUGAAGCUAAGUUCAUCCAAAAAGUUGUUGGAGAAAUUUCACUAGAGUUAAGAUCCAUUGAUUUCAGCUUUGAUGAAAAAUUAGUAGGCAUGGAGACCAGGAUCUAUGAUGUGUUAUCAUUUCUAAGAACUAGUUUAAAUGAUGUUCGCACGAUCGGAAUCAAGGGAAUGGGAGGUGGUGGGAAGACAACUUUAGCCAGGGCUGUUUUUGAUCAAAUAUCCUUUCAAUUCGAAGGUAAAAGCUUCGUUGAGAAUGUUAGGGAAGUUUCAAAAGCUUCUUUGUCCGGUUUGAAGUCAUUACAAAACCAAAUUCUUUCUGAUGUCUUCAGUGAUCAGAGCAUCUCUGUUAGUAGUGUUUAUGACGGAAAAAACAUGAUGAAGAAGAGGAUGAAUAGCAAAAAGGUUCUUCUUGUUCUAGAUGAUGUGGAUCAUAUAGAGCAACUUGAGGCAUUAGUCGGUGAGACGAAUUGGUUUAAACCAGGAAGCAGAAUUAUCAUUACAACAAGAGAUGAGCAAGUGCUCGUAGCACAUGGAGUGAAGUCGAUUCAUAACGUCAAGUUGUUAUCUGAUAAUGAAGCAAUUUGUCUCUUCAAUAGGUAUGCCUUUGUGAGAGAGACUCCAGAUCUAACAUACAAAGAGCUAUCACGACUAGUUGUACAUUAUGCUGAUGGUCUUCCCUUAACGAUUAGAGUUUUGGGUUCGUUUCUUUGUGGUAAAAAUGAGCUUGAAUGGACAGAUGCCCUAAAAAGAUUAAAAACAAUCCCCUUAAUGGAAACUCUGAAAAAAUUAGAAUUAAGCUAUACCAGUCUAGAGGAGGAUUACAAAGAGAUUUUCCUGGAUGUUGCAUGCAUAUUAAAAGGAUGGUCGAAAGCUUUAGCAAUCGAAGCACUUGAAAGCUGUGGAUUUCAUGCUAGAAAUGGUUUAAGAGUUCUUGAGCAAAAAUCUCUCAUAACUAUUAAUCAUAAUGGGUAUCUGGGCAUGCAUGACCAUAUUGAAGAAAUGGGCAAGAAUAUUAUUCGUCGUACGCACCCGGAUAUGCCUCAUAAACAUAGUCGAUUGUGGAUUGAUGAGGAAAUCGAAGAUGUAUUGGCUAAUGACUUGGGAAGCAAUAAGAUAUAUACGAUUCUACGCGUGUAA